CAGCUGAGCCUCUCCUGUGCAAACACACACACAUACUCACCAAACAGGAAGACUAUACCUGUUUGGUGUGAGUUGGCUGGGAACUGUCAGAGUUACCUGUGAAGAAGAAGAUUGAAUGAUAACAGCAUUAGGACCAUUGGCACCACAGUGGAGAACAAGUUUGGCAGAGACAUACCUGGAAUACAAAAUUAAAACUCAUCAACCCACUCCAGACCAGAUCAUCAAGCAACAGAAAAGGAUUCUACCGAAAGAAAGUUCAAGAGCUGGGAUGAUGCUGUCUAACUGACUCCUACAAGCUAUCAACAAUGUUCACCAACAAUAAAAAGAGCCUCCCGUCCCACAGCCUGGAGGACUCCUUCUUCCCUCUCUCCCCAUCCUCCUCAGUCUCACUCUCCUUUGCUCUCCCCUCGUCCACGUCUCCUGGCAGCAGUGACAGCGGAGGAGGGAUAGAGACGGAUCUGAUACUGGCUGCAGAGCUAGGACAGGCUUUGCUGGAGAAGAACGAGGAGCUGGCAGCCUCUCUGGAGCAGAGGGAGAAGGAGCUGGAGUUAAUGUGUUUAAUGUUUCAGGCUUUACAGCAGGAGAAGCAUGUUCUGCACAGGAAGCUGGACAUGAAUGAACUGGCGUCCGGGCAGAGAGAGGCAGAGCUGACUGCAGAUUUAACUGCUUUGAGGGCCGAGCUGGAGCAACAUCGCAGCCAAGGGCGCGACCGACGGAAGGAUGAGAGCGAAAAGCUGACUCAGUUAGCCAAUCACAACCAACGCUUGGUGGAGCAGCUAGCAGAGGCUGUAACGCUGGAACACUCCUUGAGGACCGAGCUUCGUUCCCUCAGAGAAGAGAUGGACGAAUCAUCUUUCAGCCGAAAUAUCAACUUCACACAAUUAGGGAACAUUCAAGCGGAGAACAGAGUUUUGCUGGAGCGACGGUCCCACAUGGAGGCACAACUAAAAGCCUCACAGGAGGACAGCGUCAGACUCCGCACAGAGAGAGACAGACUGAGAGACAGACUGUCGGAACUACAGAUAAAACUGAGAGAGAAAGAAGCAGAGAUAGAGCAGGAGCAGGGAGUGGUGUUUGAGCUGCGAACGGUGAAUCGCUCUCUACAGCAAAAAGCUCUGAACCUGGGAGAAGACAGCCUUCUGGACAGCACACAAACACAACCUUUGUCUCUGCACAGUGAAAUUCAGCAAUCACAGGCUAAAGAGGCUCUUCUAGCUCACUCCACAGUCCUGCAAGCAAGAGAUGAAGAGAUACAAGCGCUCAAAGAGGAGCUGCAAUCUCAAAAAGAAGAGCUGGAGUCUUUGAGGCAGGAAAUUGAGCCAUUUAGAAGCCCUCCUGGACAGCCAAGCUACAGUUUCUUAGAGAGUGAAUUGGCCACAGUGCGUCAGGAGAAAGAAUCACUAACUCAGCAGCUUCUCAACACCAUCAAACACAAGGUGGUGCUGUCUCAAGAGCUGGAGGCCUGGCAGGAGGACAUGCGGUUGGUGAUCAAUCAGCAGGUGCGGCAAAGGGAGGAGGACAGACAGAAGGAGCGAGAGAAAAACAACGCAGUGGGACUUCAAAGGAGCAAGUCUUUGAGACUGAAGGGAGAAGGAGGGAAGGGAUUCUUCUCCUUUUUCAAAGACAAAUAACAGAGAGAAGUAGCCGGAGUUUAAAUGGACCUUUAUCUUUGCCACUGUGAGCUCCUGCAGCAAGAUAAUGUACACUGUAAUGUGUAUAUCAGCGUCAACAAGUGAAAUGUUUACAGACCUACGAUAUUUAUAUAUAUAUAUAUAUAUGUACAGAAUGUCAGUCAGAAUUUACUAUUUUAUAUUAAAAAUGUAAAGCCAUCAA